AUGAAACCGGAAUAUGGUUGUGCAGCCAUGUCGACGACACCUCAAAAGAAGUUGAUGUGCUAUUGUUAUUCCGGUGGUGAGCGCAUGGUGAAUGGAGAUGGUGUGUUAGGGAAAUAUUCGGGUGGUGUUUCUGAAGCCACAAUCAUCAAAGAGGGCAUAUCAUUUGACGAGUUAGUUACAAAAGUUUGCUCCCGUAUGGAUAUUAGCCAGGAGGGGAAGACUUUAUUUUAUAGUACUUAUAGGGACAAGUCAAAGCAUUUGCGUAUUAGGGAUGAAGAUGGUGUUGCUAUGUUGUUCCAUUUAAAUGAUGAUGAGGUUGACAUUUAUGUACAAGAAGAUACUGUUAACCAUUUGCCUUGCAACUUAAGCAGCAGGGAGUCGAACUUGUUAAGUUGUAGCCCCUCUACUGGUGGUGGAGGAACUUAUUCUCGUAGUGAAGGUAGCCUGGCUGUUUGCCACGAAAUGGGUUUGGUGCCAUACUCCCAACAACGAGGUGAAGACAUCCUAACUGGGGACGGCCAAUUGUUUGACAACCCCAGCCUCUUUAAGAAGGCUGUUAUUUUAUUUUCUGCGUUGAACAAGUUCACAUUCAAGUAUUUGGACAAUAGUCGUUCAUAUUAUAGGUUGGUUUGCGUCAUUGAUGGUUGUCCAUGGAAGCUAAUGGCUAGAUCGCAAGGCAAGUCUGAACUUAUUAGAGUGAUCAAGCUGAACAACGAACAUUUGCACACUGCACACGACACAGCUUCUUUCAAACCAAGGAUUCGGGCAAAAGAGAUGGGUAUGAUUUUCAAGGACAAACUACUUGUGCAGCCCGAGCUCCUCCCGAGGAGCAUAUGCAAGGACUUUGAGUUAGCGUUCCAUAGUCCCCUAACUUACUCACAGGGAUGGAGGACUAAAGAACGCGCCCGUAAAUUGAUAAGUGGCCCAAUUUCGAUGACAUAUCACUUAGUGUCGUGGAUGUGUGAACGACUUAUACAAUUGAUUCCAAAUACAAGGGCAGUUUGGACUUCGAAUGUCGAUGGCAAGUUCAGCCAACUUUUUGUCGCUUAUGGUUGUAGCAUUACGGGCUUCUUGUCGGGAUGUCAACCCAUGUUGUUUAUUGAUGCCUGUUUCUUGACUGGUCCUUAUCGAGGUAGUUGCUUGUCUGCAGUCGCGUAUGAUGCGAAUGAUCAGUUGUUUCCCGUUGCAUAUGUUGUAUCAUCUGAGAAUUAUGAGGAUUGGCUAUGGUUCAUGCAGAAUUUGAAACAAACUGUUGGCGAUUAA